GAUAGAAACGGUCGCUGAAAACUACCUUUUCCCCCCUUCUUUCUUUCUUUGGGGUCAGUAACCUGUGAAGAGAGCAAAACAGAUUGACUGCAAACUGGGAUUUAUCUGAGUUGGCGUUUAAACAGUAGGCUUUUUUCGUCGUUCUUCGAAGUUGACGUGAUUUUUGCUUUUUCUAUUCGUCAAAGAGGACUUAAAAGAGAUAAUAUUUGUGAUUAACGAAGGCCAGUGCUCCACCUGCUGCAAGAAAACACAGGACCCUCAAUAUUAUAUUACCAGGCAAACGUGACUUGGCCCACCUGCCCUAAGGAGUCAAGGAGAGAAGGAAGGAGACAAAUCUAUUGCUGCCCUCUGCUUCUUACUGUACAUAGAUGUAUACUGAGAAAGUUGUGACGGAGGGGAAGAUGGUGAACAGGGGAAUCUCUCUGACCUGUGUGUUGACCCCCUGCCGUGUGAUUGGUGUGUGUGUGACUCUGAUGACCCUGGGAGCCAUUGGAGCAGCCGUCUGGGCCGUAGUCACGUUUUGCACAAUGGAGGAAGACACCGGACUGUAUGAUGUCCAGGUAAAUUCUGCUGACCAACGUCUCAGAGUCUUUGAUUCCGCCCAGAGGAGGUGGCGACAGGUGUGUUCCUCCUCAGAUAAUGAGCUGCUAGCUAGCAUCAGCUGUGAAGAAGUGGGUUUUAUAAGUGUGGUGAAUUACUCAGUCACAUCGGUGCCCGAGGCCAGUGGAGAUGGUGGGGAGUUCUUCUGUGUCAGACAGCAAGAGCUCAGCUAUGGCAAGAAAAUCAAAGACUCAUUGUUCCCAUGUGACUGUGAGAGCAGGGAGGUUCUCACACUGUUGUGUCAAGACUGUGGCAGACGUAGUUUUGCCGCAGACCGUAUAGUUGGUGGUGUGGAUGCCAGGCAGGGCAGUUGGCCUUGGCAGGUCAGAUUGGAGUAUGAUGGAGUUCAUCAGUGUGGAGGAACCAUCAUCUCAAACCGCUGGAUUGUCUCAGCAGCUCACUGCUUUCGAGAGCGGUAUCGCUUCGUCAAUCGCUGGCGUGUGCAGCUGGGCUCCAUCUAUAGCAAACCAGUCAACGCCAACGUGGCUGAGGUGAACACCAUUGUUUACCACAGCAGCUACCUGCCCUUUGUAGAUGCUAGCAUUGAUGACAACAGCAGGGACAUCGCUGUUCUGGCCCUCACCCAGCCCCUCACUUUCAACGAAUAUAUCCAGCCUAUUUGCCUGCCAGCAUACGGUCAAAGACUGAUAGACGGACAGAUGGGAAUAGUAACAGGCUGGGGAAAUGUAGAUUACUAUGGUAUUCAAGCAGAUAUUCUCCAGGAAGCGCACGUCCCCAUCAUCAGUGACACUGUCUGUAACUCUCCUGAUUACUAUGACAACCAGAUUACCACCAGUAUGUUCUGUGCUGGUUAUGAGAAAGGAGGCACUGAUGCCUGCCAGGGAGACAGCGGUGGUCCUUUUGUGGCAGAAGACUGCCUGUCUAAGACCAGGCGGUAUCGUCUGCUGGGGGUGGUGAGCUGGGGAAUAGGCUGUGCCAUGGCCAAGAAACCUGGCGUCUACACCAGAGUGUCCCGAUUUCUGCCCUGGAUAUCUACGGCCAUGAGGAACUAUCACAACUCACCAGGGCUUCACAAAAUGGCCCGGACAUGAGGUUCCUGCUCCCAUGUUUCCACUUUUUCUUCUCUUGGGAUGACAAUAUUAAAAGACCUCGAAGAUGUCAACAGGGACUUUUGGAACGGGGGAAGAAAGGCUGCGAUGUUUCCCUCAUAUCACAGUUCUGGAUUCUCCUUUCAUUCCUGAUUCCUGAACCUUCCCACAUUGUUAAAUGCCCACCAAGACCAUACUCCGUGAUAGAUACCCUGUAUCUUUGCAGAGAUACGCAGAGCUAUUUAAAGGAGCUGUACUCGAUAUUCAUUAGAUUAACACAUUAACAUAGCAGCAAACAAAUAUUUUUUAUGUAAAGAUAUCGUGGAGUAAUGGCAUCCUAUGCAGAGAAUCUGUGUGUAUUAUAAUCCAAGCUUCUCUGUUCUUUGUUUUGAUAGCUGGUCGAGCAGCACGUGCAUGCUUGUGCGUACCUUGUGCGUCGGUAUCAGACGCCAAGAGCCAUGACAACCGCUGGUAUUGAACAGUCUGUGAGUCCACUUUUUUCAGCAUUUCGAGUACAGCCCCUUUAAGAAACAGGAAGUUUUGAAAAGAUCAGCAAAAAGUUAUUAUGAAGUCAAAUAUUGAUAAGAGGGCUAAAGUGAAACAAAAUUAGAAUCAGUAUAAUGGAUUUAAGGUACAAGCUUUGCCAAAUAUGAUAAGAAUAUUUUUCUGAGAUGAUUUGUUCCCCCACUCUUGUAGCUGUACUGCGAUGUCACCAGAAGUAAGAAAUAACCACUAUAACUUGUGACUUAAACAGCAUCACUUUAAAUCAAGACUUGUAAAUGCUCAGGCUCACCUUAAAGGUCCCAUAUUGUAAAAAGUGAGAUUUCCAUGUCUUUUUUAUUAUAGAGCAGGUCGAGGUGCUAUAUGAAUACUGUGAAAGUAUCAAAACGCUAAAUCCACAGGGAAAUGCACAUACCCCUUAUUCAGAAACGGUGCCUUUAAAUGAGUCGUCAGGACUUUUGUACAGUUAUGAUCUCACAACUAUACUAUAUACAGGUAGAAAAUGCCUCUACAGUGCAGUUACAGUCAUUCCCCGACUGCAAUGAUGGUGCAGGGACACCUAGACCGCAGAUAAGGAAGUGGAGGAAGGAAGGAAUGCUGACCAAUCAGAACAGACUGGGCUUUUUCAGCAGGAGAGCUUAAACAGACAGGUGCUACGGAGCGUUUUAGACUGAGGGUGAACUUGAAAAAGAGCAUGAUAUGGGACCUUUAAGAAUUCUAGAUGUAAUUACAAGGAUUCAUACAAUAGGAAUUAAAUUCCUUGUGUAGAGGAUUUAUCUUGUUCCACGAGAGUCCCUUUCUUCAGUGCCAGACGUCCUGCACCCAGCAUGCAUAGCAACCCACAGUGGGUGCAGACUGCACUGUUGAUUUGUAAUUAAGAUCAUAGAGAUCUUGUGCAAAUUCAACUCCAAGUACUUUUUACAUUGUGCAACACACACACGCACACUUACGCCCGGAAGCACGCACACACACUUAUAAAAUGUCUAUAAUUUAUGAGUAAUGCUUAUGGAUAACUAGGUUUCCUGGCUAGCUUUAUUUUGUAAAAUCACAGCACACAUCCAACUUUUCGAAUUGUAUGAAUCUCAUUUUUAUAAUUAAACUCUUUCUUGUGUGACACAUGUUCAUGUCUUUUAUAAGCAGUAACCUGACUUUUGUAUGAAAAAUAAUUAUUUGUUUUUUUGAAUUCCCACACAAACUGGUAAAGAUGAUGCUUAUAUUCAAUCAGUAAUAUCAGUGUUUUGUUGAUGCCUUGUAAAUAUGAGUCCUUGUUCAUGUAGAUGUUUGUUUGAGACAUGUUCCAGAUGUCUUUAUGAUACACAGAUCUUAGAGCCAAGAGUGCAAUAACAACCAAAAUCAUGUUCUCAGAAAAUAUUUCUUUUACUGCACCGUAUAUUGAUUACCAUCUUUUAAAUGCUAAUGAUGUCUCAUCAUGUUGACCGGCAGGAGUGUGUAUACUCAACCAUGACCAAUGUAUAGUAUUAUAUACUACAACUCCCCCUCUGCUCCACGCUGGAUUACAGCUCUCAAGACUUUA